UUUGCAUUUAUUGGAAUAUAUGCUUUGGAACCCUCUCUUCUCGGAGCGACACUCCAAAACUUGUCUUCUUCAUCGGAGUUCCAAGUUGGUGGGUAGAGAGAGAAAGUGGGAAAGAAAUAUAAACCCCAUUUCUUGAGAGAGAAAGUGAACUCAAAUUCUGUCCCCCAUUUUUUUUUUCUUUUUUGUGGGAAUCUUGGGGUCUUUGAAAAGAGCUUAAAAAUAUGAACUUGGAGGUUUGGUUUUUGGCGUUUUUCUUGGAUGUAAAUUUUCUGGGAAAAUUUUGUUAGCGUCUAUUGUAAGUUACAGUCUUUUCUUUCCUAUUUUUUUUUAAUACAUGUAUUUUUUUUUCUUUCUUUGAUGGGUUUCUUUGGGUGAACUUCAAAGGGUGGCCAGCUUCUUAGUGAAGCAAAGGUUUGACAAGUUUUGAAACAGGGGAACAUGCUGCAUUAGUGAACACAAAUAAUAAAAAAAGAUUGGGUUUUUAAUGUUUUUUGAAGAAGGUGUGGCAAUACAUGAUUGAUUUGGAUGAUGGGGAUUGUUUAACUGUUAGAUGAUUUUUCUUUUCCUUUAAAUUUGGAGGUGUUAUCUAUGUGGGAAGGAAUAUUCAGGGGAGGUUGGUCUUUUGUUGGAUUUAAAGAAAGUUUUAUUUUUUUUUUGGCUUGUUCUUGGUAACCAUUGAAAUGAGGAAUUGGGUUAUAGUUUAAGGUUGCAGCAUGAGUUGCAGUGAGAGGAGCAUAGGAGGAGGAGGAGGAGGAGAAGAAGAGAAGGAAUAUGAGGAAAACAGUUCUGAAGGAUUGGAACCAAAAUCAACGAGGCACAAUAAUGGGUCAAUAGCAAACCAGCAGCUAACAAUUGAUGACAAUCUUUUGGUUGACCCCAAACUAUUGUUUAUUGGUUCAAAGAUUGGAGAAGGUGCUCAUGGAAGAGUUUUUGAAGGAAGGUAUAGAGAUCGGAUUGUUGCAAUUAAAGUUCUACAUCGUGGGAGCACUUCAGAAGAAAGAGCUUCCCUUGAAGAUCGUUUUGCUCGGGAAGUUAAUAUGAUGUCCCGUGUCCACCAUGAGAAUCUUGUUAAGUUUAUUGGAGCUUGUAAGGAUCCUCUGAUGGUGAUUGUUACAGAGCUGUUACCGGGGAUGUCGCUGCGAAAAUAUUUGAUCAAUAUACGCCCUAAACUGUUGGACCUUCAUGUGGCUAUAAACUUCGCCCUUGACAUUGCUCGAGCCAUGGAUUGGCUACAUGCCAAUGGGAUCAUCCAUAGAGAUCUGAAACCUGACAAUCUGCUGCUUACGGCAAAUCAUAAGUCAGUUAAACUUGCUGAUUUUGGUCUGGCUAGAGAAGAAUCUGUGACUGAAAUGAUGACUGCAGAAACUGGAACUUAUCGUUGGAUGGCACCAGAGUUGUACAGUACCGUGACAUUGCGUCAAGGGGAGAAAAAGCAUUACAACAACAAGGUUGAUGUCUACAGCUUUGGAAUUGUUUUGUGGGAGCUACUAACGAACCGCAUGCCUUUUGAAGGGAUGUCAAAUUUACAAGCUGCUUAUGCUGCUGCAUUUAAGCAAGAGAGGCCUAACCUUCCUGGUGAUAUAUCCCCUGAUCUUGCCUUUAUCAUACAAUCAUGUUGGGUUGAGGAUCCUAACCUGAGACCAAGCUUUAGUCAGAUUAUCCGCAUGCUCAAUGCAUUUACCUUUACACUCCAACUACCAACCCCUUCAUUGCCAGAACCUGACAAUGAACUUGAGGCUGCCACAAGUAACGGUAACUGUACCAUAACUAACUUUUCUACCCGAAACAGAGGAAAAUUUGCUUUUCUUCGCCAUUUGUUUUCUUCAAAGAGGACAAGAAAUUAUCCGUGAGCGGUAAAUUUAAAAAAUUUCCCGUUUAUUGUAGAUAAAGAGUUCUCAUGGUAUGUUCUAUAAUUUAAUGCAUUCACAAGUAAUCAUCUAAGGUGACAACUAGAAGUGUGUAACAUGUUCAACAGAAGAGUAGAAUGAUGUUGGUAAUCUUUUAGAAAGAGUAAGGAAACAGAAAAGAUUUGUUUAUAUUGUAUAUUUGAUCUUCUUGUAAAAGAACACGUUGGUUUAAAGAUAUUUUCCUCCAUUCUAACUUCUAAGGCAACUUUGUAAUUAUGGUU